UCUCUCUCUCUCUCUCUCUCUCUCUCUCUCUCUCUCUCUAAAACCCAGUUGAUUUCAAAUGUUGAGCCCUUUCAGCUGUGGCUUUUUCCACCCAGAAGAUGUUCACGAUGAACCCAUAAGUUCAAGUCCUUGUUCAACUCCAAGAAGAUCGUCCAGAAGAAGCAGCAAGGACAGCAAAAACCCAUACUCAAGCCGCGGCCUUGACAAGUUCUCUGCACUCUUAGCUGAUCUUGAAGAGAAAAGGCAGAAGAUUUAUGCAGAAACGCCCCCACAGGACAUAUCGUUUGUCCGCUUUGUGUUCAAGGACUCAAACGACGACGUCCCGGUCCCCAUCGUGAUCAAAGUGAAGGACAAAAAGGAAGACCAAAACAACAACAAAAUCAGCAAGCCUGAUCAAUAUCAGGUGCUGGUAAAAGAAAAGCAUGCAACACCACUCGAUAAAUUGACCGUUGAGCCCUCAACACCCACCAAGGAAGUGUCCCAGGAACAACCCAAGACUGAUGAUAAGAAGAGGAGGGUGUUUUGGUCAUGGAAUUUCAGUGACAUGAACUUGGGCUUGUGGAAAAGGCCAUCUUUUUAUUUGCCAGUGGUUAUGGUAUUCAUUUUGGUUCUGUUGGCUGUGUUCGGGAGAUCUGUUGCCAUACUAUGCACCUCUAUUGGUUGGUAUGCAUUGCCAACGUUGAAAGAGAGCAGCAGCAGAAGCAGCACAAGAAGAGCAUCAAAGAAAAAAGACCACGUUACAAGAUUCAGUGACAACAAUAAUAAGACGGCAGCCGAUCAUCAUGGCUUGUCUUCUCCAAAGAGUAGUAGCCCCACCGCCGGUACGCCCCGGUCGCAACAGCACGGUCACCGGAAAAGCUGGUGACCAUGAUCAUGAUGCGAUUGGCUUGUGAAUUUCUCCAUAUGUUAAUUGGUUCUUUCUUUCUUUUUUCCUUUUUUGUUUUUUUUUGGGUCAAUAUUUGGCUGCUCUGUAUGUACAAGCUCUGCUUUUUAAUUGGUUGCUUGUUGUGGGGUUGGGUUGAAACUUAGAAAUCCAACUCUCCGUUUCACAUGUUUGUAAAUGUAAAUUAUGAGUUACAUAGAUAGUAGCCCAUGUUAUGUUAGCUCUUUAUGGCAUAGAGGUUUUGUAAGAUGUAAUCAGUGAAAACUGCCUGGUAAUUCCAUGAUUAUGUGGUUAAUUA